ACGACAGACACGAGCGCAAUAAUGCCAAAGGGGGGUGUGCGUAUGGCAAGCAGAGAGCGGAGCAGAGAGAGAGAUAUUUAGAGCGAGAGGCAGAUGUCUUUCUCCACUCCAGAAGAGAAUACCGCAGCAAUGGAUAAAUAAUAACGACGUAGUAAAACUCAUUGACAGCUUGAUAAGACCUCAUUUCUGACUUCCGCUAAAGACACGAAAUAGCCUGACGCAUGCAUGUAGGAAUAUCCAGGUAAUAUCGGUCUCAAAUCGCGUAAACGCGAGYCGCAUAAUAAUCGUUUUCAUAAUGCGGGCGUGAGUAACAUACUGUAAACGGAGGGAGGAAUAAGGGAGGUUAGUGGAGGGCCAGUGGUACUCGGCUCACCACUAUACGAGCUAUAGUCCUCUCCGCCAGACCAAAAGCGGGCCGAGACAGCAGUAUGUCGAACCGAAAACAUCGGGACAGCCAAGAGAUAUGCGCCCGCAAGGUCCGGGAGCUGGCCCAGGCUGGAGUAAACAAACACUGCUUCGAGUGCAGUCAACCGGGGGUGACUUACAUCGAUAUCACCGUGGGCUGCUUCGUGUGCACGUCKUGCUCUGGAAUGCUGAGAGGACUCAACCCUCCCCACAGAGUCAAGUCUAUCUCCAUGACAACCUUCUCCCAACAGGAAGUGGAGUUUCUGCAAAACCAUGGCAACGAGGUGGGGAGGAGGACCUGGCUGUGUGCCUUUGAUCCAAAGACAGAAGGUUGUUUCGACACAAGGGACUCCCAGAAACUGAAGGAGUUCCUCCAGGACAAAUACCAGAAGAAGAAAUGGCAUUUUUCGAAGAACAAGAACAGGAGGGAGGUAGAGGGACCCUGGAGCCCGCCUGGGGUACAGGCCUUACCCAUCUCUCACGGCCCCACACCCUCCCAGGCCCAGGCCCACGCCAUGCCCCCCUCGGUCAGACUGUUACGCACACUGCCUCUCCUCCAGUCCCAGCUCUCGUCCUGGGGGGACAGAGUCCCUGCUAUCUCCCCUGCGGACAUGCGCGCUGACGUGUUCACCGCCCGUGCUCCCUCGCGCUCCCAGAGCUUCAGAGACCCCCCUUUGAAAGACUCUCUAAUGAGUGGUAUAGAAAGACAACGUCCAGGCUCUCUUUCCUCGGCGAUGGGAACUCACAGCCAUGCCCCCUCCUUCCCUGCCCUCCCUCGACCCUCAGCCAGUAGCACUUUCAAAAACAACUUCACUUUAGGUCGUACAGUGGCCUCCUCAGGGGGCUCAGCCCCUUUCAGGCCUUCCCUAAGUCUCUGAGUGUAGACUUUGGAGGGCUCAGCAACCGCACAGUCGCAGUGCCCUCAGCGUCGCCCCCCCAGCCCCCGGCCCCAACACACACACGAACCACCAGGACCGCUACGCUGCCCUGUCCCAACUGAACAGUGUUCUCCCUGACACAUACCCGGACCUGGAACUGGAACUGGACCAGGACUUACAGCACCCCCCGGUGGACCACGCCAGUAUAACACGCUCUUUGGGAAGCGCCUGUCCUCCAGUUCUACUCCUGCCAGCUCUCCAGGCAUGGAUGCC